AUGUCCUACAGACGCAAGAAGAGUCUCCUCAUCGGCAUCAACUAUGUUGGCAGUAGCCACGAACUGAAGGGCUGCCAUUCCGAUGUAGACAACAUGGCUGAAUUCCUUUCCUACCGCGGCUACACUAACUCACACAAAGACCGUGUCAUCUUGACUGAUCGUCCUGAAGUGCCAUACGACUCACCCUACUUCCCUACAGGCCACAACCUUCUCGCAGCCAUGGAUUGGCUCGUCUCUGAACCUGGUUGCACGCUAUUUCUGCACUAUUCAGGCCACGGCGGACAAAUUGCAGAUGUAGAUGGCAAUAGGACCACGGGUAUGGAUGCUUCGAUCGUUCCUGUGGAUUUCGAACAGCGGGGUCAGAUCUCCAGUACCAUUCUCCAUGAGCAUCUUGUUACCUAUAUGGCCCGUGACUGCACUCUCUUCGUCGUCAUGGACUGUUGUCACUCUGGUAGCGCACUCGAACUACCUUAUGUCUAUCGCUCCGAUAGCGACGGCCAGAUUAAUCUGAUGGACAACCUGAAAGCUGGGCUUAGGCUCGCCGACGAAGCUCGCGAUAUCAUCUCCGGUGGCUUCUCCUAUAGUAAAGUCGGCGAGGCGAAGGAGUUGCUUGCAGGUGCUAGCACCUUCUUUAAGGGCCUGAAACAUUUCGGGGAAGAAGAGGAGGAAGGCCUGGAAAGCGGAGAAUUUGCGGGACAGUAUGGGAGCGAACGGAAGAUGGUGACAAUGUUCUCUGGCUGUAGAGACGAUCAAACGAGUGCGGAUGCGCGCAUCGAAGGAGAGCCGACAGGUGCAAUGACAUGGGCAUUCUUGGAAAUGAUGAAGAGCGAUCAAAGCCCAAGUUAUGCUGAGACACUCAAGUUCAUAAGGAGGACGUUGGAUGAAAGUGACUACAAACAGAUUCCGCAGUUGAGUUCGGGAUUGGAUAUUGAUCUGGAUGAGAUGGCUUUGUCACCCUCCCAUCUGAUCGUCCUAAAACAAUACCAAAUUUCAAAGAUGGUUCAACCCAUCGACCCGGUCCGUAUGCGCAUCUUCUCAGAGCUCAAUCUCCAAUUGGCCCAGCACGACAUCUCUAAAGAUAUCAUGAACGAGACAGCCAAGCACCUUGCCUUCCUCUCACGCUACUACCUCAACAAUCCCCACAUCAAUCCCCUCAUCGUCAGCGUACCCAUCGUCGACGUACCGGUUGUCAGCCCUGGAGGAGGAGUAGCUAUGGCACACAAGAUUGCUUUAGUCGUCCACGAGACCGCCUCGUCGUCUGCACCUGCAUCUGCAUCUGCAUCAACAUCGUCCAGGCCGCGCAUCCGUGUGCUGAUUCGAACAAUCGGUACCUUGGGUCAUCGGAAAUGCCUAGUCACUAACUUAUGUGCUAUUGCUGAGCGUAUUAUCGGAGGUUUGUUAGAUGGCGACGAGGAUAUGGUGGGUGCAUGUGAAGUGAGCAGGAAAGGCAAAGAAAGGGAGAAGAAAGUGGGAAACAAGCCUGUGUGGGAUGUCGUGGCUUGGGAAGAUUAUUGUUGA